UGUCCAGAUCACCACAGCACGAUGGACCGCACACCCCUCAUCUGUGACUACGGUUCUGGCUUCAGCAAGGUGGGCUUUGCAGGAAGUGAGGCACCUCUGGGUGUCUUCCCCACCAUCAUUGGGAAACUGAAACAUAACGGACUGUCCUGUCCUGCCUGUGUUUUCCAGAACCUGCUGGUGGGGGUGGAAGAAGAAGAAUGUUUCAUUGGAGGAGAGACCCAGAAUAAUCUAGCAAAACUGAACCUAAACUAUCCUAUCAUCCGGGGAGCCAUCACCAACUGGGACAAUGUGGAGAAGAUUUUGCAUCACUCCUUCUACCAGGUCCUCCACAUUGCCCCUGAGCAGCACCCUGUAAUGAUAACAGAGCCACCGUUAAACAGCACAGAAGUUAAAUCAAGAAUAACUCAGAUCCUAUUUGAAACCUUCAACGUCCCUGCCAUGUACAUGGCUAAUCAAGGGGUCCUCUCCAUGUAUGCAGCUGGCAGAACCUCUGGAAUGACUAUUGAAUCUGGAGAAGGGAUGACAUACUUCGUGCCUAUCAUUAAUGGCUAUCCUCUGCAACUGUCUACCACCAAGCUGGACAUAGCUGGCCAAGAUCUGACCGUGUACCUCCUGCGACUGCUGUCAGACAGUGGGAACUUGUUAGUGAGCACAGCUGACCGUGAGUAUGUCCGGGACCUGAAAGAGAAACAUUCCUAUGUGGCAUUGGACUAUGAUAUGGAAAUGUCAAAAACUGCAGCAUCCUCCAGCCAGAAGAAAUUCCAGUUGCCUGAUGGAAAAAAUGUCAGUCUGGGGAAGGAGGCUUUCAUGUGUUCAGAGGCACUCUUCAACACCAGCCUCAUAGGGAGAAACAACCCGGGGAUCCACAUGCAGGCCCAGGAGAGCAUCACGUCCUGUGACUACUCCCAUUGGAAGACUCUUUUUGGUCAUAUCAUGCUAUCUGGUGGCACCGGUGCCUGCUCAGGUCUACGAUUCCGGCUGCAGAGAGAGAUAGCAAAGCUGGUCUCUCCAGACAUCUGUGUGAAGGUGGCCACUUCUCCAUAUUCCAAGUAUGGUGCCUGGGUAGGUGCCUCCAUCUUGUGCUCUGUCCCUAUGUUCAAGGACAUGUGGAUCACAAGUCAUGAAUAUAGGGAAAUUGGCUCUUCCGUCAUGUGUAGAAGAAACUUCUGACUGGUGGCUGUCAGGUCCCAUCACCUAGACCAACAUUACCAUGCCCAGAUUGAGCUUCGGCCUUACCAAGCAGGUCACAGUUAGAACAAGCUUACAGCAAGGCCCCUUUUCUCCUGGGAGACAGUAAAAGUGUGCAACUCUG